CUUUGUAGUUGGUUCUGAUGUGUUUAACAAUUACUUCGAUCUUUGAGUCUUCGAUGCAGUUUUGAAGUUUCGAGUUUUGUUUCCUUACAUUUUUAGGUGGUGAUUAAUUAUUUGGAAUUGUGGAUACAUACUUAGUAUUUAUACUUAUUAAUUCCAUACAAUGAGGAUCGCAUGAUUCAUCUUGGGAAAGAAAUUGGUAUAAUAACUAUAGUUUAAUUUCUUUUGUUGGAGAAUCUAUAACCUACUCUAGUCAAAAUGAGGUGUUACGUAAGUCUCGUGUGUUUAUUGAGUGUGCUAGUGUAUGUGAAUUCCGCACCUCUUGAUGCCUCUACUGGUCUCCAGAUUGGAGCAAGCGCUGGAACUACCCCUAUGAGUGGAGGGGGUCUAGGAGGUUUAACGAAUAUUUUAUCUCAAGUUGAUUUACCAGGAUUAUUGAGAGGAGUUAAUAGUUUAGUCAAAUUAGUUGGAGCAUUUUGUCCACCAUUGUCACAGAUUCUGGAUAAUGUAAUACAAAAUGUAACUAGCACAGCAUUCAGAGUAUUUGGACGAGCAAUAUUACAAAAUGGAGGUUUGGGUGGGGGACGCUCAGGUGGUGGGGGAGGAGGAAAAGUCAGUGUUGUACUCCCCACCUUCCCCCCAGAUGAAGAUGACGAAGAUUACGACGAGGAAACGGAAGCUCCUGCAGCAGAAACCAUUAACGGAAGCGGGUCUGACGGAUCUCAGAGCGCUGCUGCUUUGAGUGUUCCUAGCACAAGCGCUGACGCUAGUAGUUAUAGCAGUGGUGCUAGUAUAGCUCCUAGCGCAGACUUGAACAGGAAGGAAGAUGCAUUAUAUACAUCACCUGCCGGCGAAGAGAGCAACCUCAUCGCGAAGAGGCACGUGAGGGUGACGCGAGAGGCAGCGGAAGAGGAGGAAGAAGAACUGGACCAAGAUGGCGCAGAAUCAGCCCCCGAGCCGGCCGAGGACCUCUCCAACUUGGAGGACGACCAAGACCGUGACAAGAGGUUCCUGCCCUUCGGAGGCAGUGCCGACGGACAUGCCUCCGGGGGGUCCGGGAACUUCUUGUUCGACAUUAUCCGGUUGGUAGCUGGAUCUGGAGCAACAGAAGAAUCAGAUGAGAAAGCUAAUUUCCCAGGAGGUGUAGCUGAGGUCGAUGUCCAAAAGAGCGUGGACCAUGAGGGAAUCCCCGGACCGAUCACAAGACUAUUCGUCAUUGCCAAUCGUGGUGUUGCCAACCUAGUCCAAGAUCUGAUCCUGCGUUUGGCCCAAACCAGUGAAAGAUUAGUCAACUUCAAGGCACGUCUCAUCACGUCCCUCAUCUAAAAUGUGCAUUAUUUAAGUGUGGUUGAAAUUGUUAUUGCAUUAUUUGCAAAAAAAUCCCUUCCCUUUACCAAAAAUUGUCGACAAAUUUCUGUAUUAUAAUUUUGUUUUUGGAACCAGUAAUUCCCAAAAAAACAGCUUUAGAUUAUUUGUGUUUGUGAGAUAGGGAAGGAAAUCACCUUUAUUUCACUUAACUUAUCUUAUAUAUUGUUACGUUUUAUUCUGUGGUCUUAUUUAAAUUCAUUUUGUAUAUAGAUUUUAUUAUUUUGCUGUCUUCUUAUAGUUUAUAUAAUCUUCUUGCCAUGUCCAACUUUUAUUUUCUGUUUUCUUGUGAAUGAAAUGAUGAGAUCAAAGAAUACUUAUAAUUCCUCAUAAUAUUAUUUCUGCUAUUCCCUGAAUAUUAUCACUAUUAGUAUAUUCAUUGUAAUUUUCAUAAACGGAAUUCAUUCAGUUGAUGUAAAUAACCUGAACAAUUGCUCACGUUUCCUUUAUUUCAAAAUGGUCAUGAAUAUAAGUAAUGUACUUUUGUCUGAAGCCGUAGGUAAAAGUGUUUAUCAUCGUUCAUGUAACUAGUGUAAAUAAAUGAUUAUUCGAAGAAGCAGGUUGAAAUUUGUGUUAUUAUGUAGGUGACAUUUAGUUAUUUAAGUACUAUUAGGGAACCAAAUGAAAGAAUAUAAUAAAUGUUAUCACAACUGAA